AUGUCGGUCGCCAACACCAACAACAAUGCCAAGCCCCAGCCGCCGUCCAGGAGUCCCGCGCCGCGCGACGAGGCUCAGGUCGCCAAGAUCCCGCACAUUCUUCCUCACGAGCGCGUCUUCCCCAUCCAGAUAGGCAACGAGCUGUUCAAGCUUUCAGGCGCCUCCAUUUCGUCCGAUGGUGCGUUCACAAUCCUUGCUAUCCUCACCCGAUCCUAUCGACACGCGGCGGAACCAUCGGCAUUGCCUCGCGGCCCGUCCAAGACGCUGCCCGUCCGUUCGCUAGCGCCGUCCUACUUCUCCCAGUACUUCUAUUGCCAGGUCAAAAAGGCACAAGAGACGGGCGAGGACCUCUCCAACGCCAUCCGCACCCUCUACAUCGAUCGCGACCCCCAGACCUUCGCCGACAUUUCCCUCCAUCUCCAGGGCUACCAUGUCAAGCCUCGGGACGGCACGCACUUUGUGCGCCUCUUCGCCGAUGCCCAGUUCUACAGCCUACCCAAGUUGAUAUCACAACUCUACGAAGAGUCCAUCUUCAUAUCCAUUGGCCACCGCGAGUUCCAAAUACCCCGCGACAUCUUCACCGAUCCCGGCAACUCUCCCAACUUCUUCUCCCUCGGCUUCGCCGUCUUCUUCUCCAACCCCGAAGAUCUGUUCCCUGGCCUCGAACGCGAGGGCCUCCUCCGCCCGCCGUCCAUCUUGCCGCCGUCCGUCCCACACCGCUCCGCCGAAACCUUUGCCGAGAUUCUGCACCUCCUGCGUGGAUACCCCGUCACGAUCCGCAAUGAGACGCACCGCGCCGAGCUGCUGCGAGACUGCCGAUACUUCAACUUCAAGGGCUUAGAGCAGAAGCUCAUACCGCACCACAUAAGCUACAACCAGAGUCGACGCCGUGAGGAGAUUGUCCUGCGUUUGGAGGACAUCUUGAAGAGCGGCAUAAGCGUGGCAGCCGACGUUUUGGCCUCCCCGGGUGACCAUCUGUCAGGCUGGGUCAACUAUGCGCGUCCCUACGUCGACGAUCGCGCGGCGGAGCUCGUCCUCGAAAUCGGCGGCGAGAGCACCCGCAUCCACUUCCAGGCCGGCGCCGUCCGCGCCGAGUUCUUCAGAGACACCCGCGCCCGCGUUGCACGCCUGUUUGAAGUCGUGGCCACGAAGCUGAACCUGCCGCCCACCACGCAGCCCCUAGGCCUCCUGAUGGCCUCGGGCGGAGCCGGUAGCCAACCCCCAACCCCCGGACACACGCCGUUGAGCGAGGACCUCGUCCGCGUAUCCGUUGACUCGGACACGUCCAUCACGCUGGACGGCAAACCGUACACCCUCGACGCCGACGACCUGCAUAUCGCGAACCCCAUGUCCGCGGCCUCGAGCACAGGCCAAGGCGGCGGGAUCGAGUCCCCGACCGCCUCGUCCGCAUUCCAGCCGAACUCUCGCAAGCGGAGGCGGGUCGACUCGCAGGGCCACGCGGCCGCCGGCCAAGCAGCACUGGCGGCCGACGAAUGGGUUGUGCGGACGGGCCAGUGGAGGCUCAAGAUUCAGGGGUCCCGGGGCGGCAAGAGCUCUGUCGAGGUCGUGCUCGUGGCCGUCAAGCUUGACGCGUACAGCUCGGAGAAUGCCAGGAAUGCGGCUAGGGGCUUCCUGAACGGGUGA